AUGUCCGAGCCGCCUUCAACAGACUCCGUCAUCACGGUGCAUCCUUUGCCUGUCCCAACUGGUUCAAGGGUGGAUUUCGGUGCCCAAUUGUGCAAUGCAGACCUCGAAAACAUUUCUGCCGCAGACUUUGACGUCAUCUGCAAUGCGCUCUACACGCAUCAGCUCAUUGUAUUCAAGGAUCAAGCGAGUCUGUCUCCAAAGGCGCAAUACCAUCUGACACGGCUCUUCGAUCCCGAGUCGGACGUUUAUGGACAUGGCAAAGCCGUUGGUGCCAAGAGCGUGCUUCAUCCCGACCUCAAGACCAUACCGCAUCAGCCCCAAGUACAGGUGAUCGGUAACGGCCACGUAGCCAGCUUCGAAGGACUUGAAAACAUACAGCUCAAGCACCCACAUCACCGGAGCUUCCAUCGCGAUCCAGUUCCCGAGAGAGAAGACCGCACUGCGACCAGGUUCUAUCGAUGGCAUAUCGAUGCUGCGCUCUACGGUCUCGAUCCUCCCAAAGUGACCAGCUUGCUUGCCGUCAGGGUGCCCAAGACCGAGAAUCAACUCCUCUGCUACGACGAUGGCAGCGGAGACGUGCUCUCGGUGCCCCGAGGCUCCACGGUCUUCGCAAGUUCGUAUAAGAUGUACGACCUGCUGAGCGAAGAAGACAAGAAAUUUGUGCGUGGGACGAAAGUGUCAUAUGCGCCGCAUCCCUAUACGUGGAUGGCCAAUGCCAAAUCGCGCCCUGACGGGCUCGGCAUGGUCAGCGAAGGACUAGAACUGGAACGUUCCAGCCUUCCAGAGAUCGAUGACAGCAUGAUCAAGAUCUAUCCCAUGUGCUGGAAGAAUCCGAAGACCGGCAAAUUGGCGCUGCAGGUGCACCCCUCUGCCGUGCAGGAACUUCAUCUUGAGGACGGUAGCGUGAUCGACGACCUUGAAAAGGUGCGCGAGAUCGUUCAUAGGCUGCAAAGGCCAGGAAUUGCACCUGAUCUCGUGUAUGCUGUGGACUGGGACGAGGGCGAUCUGGCGCUCUUCAACAAUCACGGAGUAUUGCACUCUGUCACUGGAUCCUUCCUGCCAGAAGAGGUUCGAAUCUUCCGACAGUGCAAUCUCGCCGCCAGCGAACCUCCUCUCGAGCCGUGA